AAAAAUCCCACUGCUUCAAAUAAAGAAUUUCAGAAUUCUGCUUCCCUAUCUCAACCUAUUCGUUUCUUGCUUUUUUCCCUCUUCUGAUUCUUCACUAAAGUUGGUGCUUUUUUAUGUUCUGUCAUCUUGCUCCACUUGAACUCUGGAUUCUCUCCAGCAGUUUAAUGGUUUCAGCAUCAUAAUCUUGCAUUUAUGCUUCAUUUUAUCUUCUUUUAAAGAUUGCCCUUGUUUUUUGUCAUCUGGGUAUUCUUUAGAUUGCCCAAAAGCCCUGGUUUUUCAUUCAUAAACCUUUCAGAGUUAAGCUUUAGGGCUUUUCUAUCCUUAUUGGUCCCCCAAAGUCUAGUGGGUUUUGGUUGAAAUACUCACUGAUUGUGAAAUUUGGUUGUGUUAGAAAGAUUUAGUUUUUCAAUUGUGGUAGAGCUUACGGGAUUUGGGUAUUGCAGAUAUGUUAUUUCUCGUGGUGUUGGAAUGAAAAUAUUUCUUAUCUGAAUAAAAUGAAUGGAAACAUGGAUGAUGGGGAGGUAGAGACUUCAGAAAAUGCUAUAUUACAAAUUCCUACUUCUUCCAGAAAUUUACAGGAUUCAGCCUCGGUAGAUUCAUUUAUUGAUGAUAUUUUGAAGAACACCCGAACAUGCACUCACACACACACCUGCAACCCACCGGGCCCUGAUUCAACCCAUACACAUACUUGCUAUCACACACAUACUCAAGUUCUUGCAUCCGAAGAUGAUGAUCACACACUCAAUAAAGAGAAUUCUGGUUCAAAACCGAGAAAGCCUUCAGGCAACAGAGAAGCAGUUCGAAAAUAUAGGGAGAAAAAGAAGGCACACACGGCUUAUUUGGAAGAGGAAGUUAAGAAAUUGCGGCUGCUGAACCAGCAACUUGUUAGGAAAUUGCAAGGGCAGGCAGUUCUUGAAGCAGAGGUCUUAAGGUUGAGAAGUCUUUUGGUAGACCUUAGAGGAAAGAUUGAUAAUGAGUUGGGUUUCUUUCCUUACCAAAAGCAAUGUAACGGUACUACUCUUUUCAAGGAUGGUGACUGUGGACUGCAGUCUACUAGUGAGGUAAUUGGCCAACGUUGUCAGACCAAUUUGCCAUGUUUGCAUCCACAUCUUGGUUCAACAUUGCAGGCAAAUAUCAACGAAAGUGAGAAAACAACAGCAUCCUGGAAAGGGAACUGUCAGCCUGCCUUAAUUGAUUGCGGAGUUGAUAGAAAUGAGAUGCCUUGUGCUGAAGGACAAGCCAUGGACAUGGUGGAAACCUUAGUUUCAUCUGCGACACAAACAGAAUAAUAUGUGACUCAGAUAUACUCUGUAAGGUUCUGGUAUAUUUAUAAAUUACUGUAUUGUUAAUCUACCUAAGUCAAUGUUGUAUAGGAGGUCGGAUAUAACACCCUUUAGCAAAGAGUGUUACUUUGAGUAUCUGUAAAAAUCGAGAGUAAUUGAAGUAUCUGCAUGUAGAACCCUUUUCUGGUAACAAGUAUUUAGCUCAUAGAGUUAAAAAGUUGAGGAUACAAGUUCUAGUGUUUGUAUCUAUAAAUAAUAUGAAUCAGACUGUAAAUAAGUUUUCACUCACUUUGGUUUUCUGAGGUAAUUUGGUCAAAUUAAGUGUUACUUUGAGUAAGUUGAAUCAGUAUUUGUAUAAGAUUUCCUUUCUUUA